AUGAAUAAGGGCUGGCUGGAGCUGGAGAGCGACCCCGGUCUCUUCACACUCCUCGUCGAAGAUUUUGGGGUCAAGGGAGUGCAGGUUGAAGAGAUUUAUGAUCUGCAGAGCAAAUGCCAAGGCCCUGUGUAUGGGUUCAUCUUCCUGUUCAAGUGGAUUGAGGAGCGCAGAUCACGCCGGAAGGUCUCUACCCUGGUGGAUGAGACGUCGGUGAUCGACGAUGACAUCGUUAAUAACAUGUUCUUUGCUCAUCAGCUGAUCCCCAAUUCCUGUGCCACCCAUGCCCUGCUGAGCGUCCUCCUGAACUGCAACAAUGUCGACCUGGGCCCCACGCUGAGCCGCAUGAAGGAUUUCACCAAAGGAUUCAGCCCUGAGAGUAAAGGCUAUGCCAUCGGCAAUGCCCCAGAGCUGGCCAAGGCCCAUAACAGCCAUGCCAGGCCGGAGCCACGGCACUUGCCAGAAAAGCAGAACGGUAUCAGCGCUGUGCGAACCAUGGAGGCUUUUCAUUUUGUCAGUUAUGUCCCCAUCAAGGGACGGCUGUUUGAGCUGGAUGGGCUCAAGGUCUAUCCCAUUGACCACGGGCCGUGGGCUGACGAUGAGGAAUGGACGGACAAAGCCAGGAGAGUAAUCAUGGAGCGCAUCGGCCUGGCCACUGCAGGGGAGCCGUACCACGACAUCCGCUUCAACCUGAUGGCGGUGGUGCCUGAUCGGAGGAUGAAGUACGAGUCCAAACUGCACAUCCUGAAGAUGAACCGCCAGACUGUGCUGGAGGCCUUGCAGCAGCUUAUCCGAGUAACUCAGCCUGAGCUGAUCCAGACCCAGAAGUCUCAGGAGUCUCAGCCUCCUGAAGAGGCAAAGCCAGCCAGCAGCAAGACCGUGACUCCAGAGAGCACCCAUUCAGACAGCACCGAUGAGCCCGCCAGCCAGGGCCACCCUGUAGCCACGCAGAGCCCACCCAACAAAUCCAAACUGGUGGCAAAGACGUCGGCGAGCAGCAUCAACGGGGCGCCUCCAGCAAACCCCAACCCCAUCGUGCAGAGGUUGCCAGCCUUCCUGGAUAAUCACAACUACGCCAAGUCCCCCAUGCAGGAGGAGGAAGACCUUGCGGCAGGAGUGGGUCGCAGCCGGGUCCCAGUCCGACAGCACCAGCAGUACUCGGACGAUGAGGAUGACUACGAUGAUGAUGAGGAGGAGGAAGUUCGUAACACCAACUCGGCUAUCAGGUACAAAAGGAAAGGGCAGGUAAAGCAAGAGCACGUGGCGGGGGCUGCGGAUGGCCAGCUCUCCAUCCUCCAGCCCAACACCAUCAACGUCCUGGCUGAGAAGCUGAAGGAAUCUCAAAAGGAUCUUUCCAUUCCCCUGUCCAUCAAGACGAGCGGCGGGGGCGCCGCCGUGGCGGUGGUCACCCACUCCCAGCCCUCUCCCACCCCCAGCAACGAGAGCACGGACACCGCCUCCGAGAUCGGCAGCGCCUUCAACUCCCCGCUGCGCUCUCCCAUCCGCUCGGCCAACCCCACCCGCCCCUCCAGCCCCGUCACCUCCCACAUCUCCAAGGUGCUCUUCGGCGAGGAGGACGGCCUGCUGCGCGUCGACUGCAUGCGCUACAACCGGGCUGUCAGGGACCUGGGGCCCGUUAUCAGCACCGGGCUGCUGCACCUCACAGAGGACGGCGUGUUCUGCCCGCUGGCUGUUGCAGAUGGGGGGAAAAGCUCCCCCCCUUCCAUCAAACUCGGUGAAGAGGCCCCGGUCACAAUCAAACUGGACGAGAAGGAGGGCAGUGAGGCCAGUGACAGCAAAGAGAAGGUGGGACUUGGCAGGACCAGUGAUCACCCUGGGGGGGAAAAGUAUUCUCCCAAGGAGCUGCUGGCAUUGCUGAAGUGCGUGGAGGCAGAGAUUGCGAACUACGAGGCCUGCCUGAAGGAGGAGGUGGAGAAGAGGAAGAAAUUCAAGAUCGAUGACCAGAGGAGAACCCACAACUAUGACGAGUUCAUCUGUACCUUCAUCUCCAUGCUGGCCCAGGAAGGCAUGCUGGCAAGCCUCGUGGAGCAGAACAUCUCCGUCCGCAGGCGGCAGGGAGUCAGCAUCGGCCGUCUGCACAAGCAGAGGAAGCCAGACCGCCGGAAACGCUCCCGCCCGUAUAAAGCCAAGCGUCAGUAGCCUGGGAGUCAAGACUGUGAGAAGAAGCAGCUGGGCUUUGUGGCUUUGGGCAGUGGCACUUGGAUCUGUGUUACCCUUUGCCCAAGGAAGAGGGACCACGGCAGCAAGCCCUUGGCUGAGGUGGAGCCUGGGGACAAAGAGAAAUGGGCUUUUCCUCUGAGCCUGAGUUGUGAAAGGCGGGAACACGUUGUCUUGAGGGGAGUCCCUGCAGCUGCAGCAGAAGGCAGGCUGGAGUGCCCACCUGCCUGACUGUGCCACAGCAGCGCCCAGAUGCUGUGGGCCUGUGUCUUGGCCGUGUCUCGGCGCUGUGGCUGAGGUCUGCGGCAGGAGGGGAGAGCCCACCCGGCCGGUGGCGGGUCUGGCAUUAUGGGAACACCGGCGAUGCUGACGCGAGGCUGUGCUGGCCGCAGCUGGCUGUGGCUUGUGUCCUCCUGCAUCCAGGCCUUGAGCUCUGCGCUUCCCCAGGACGUUUGUGUCUGUGUUUUCUAUCCCUCUCCCUCCCUUCCCCAAACUUUGGUUCUGACCCACGCUUUGGCUGUUGCUGAGCGAGGCAGCUCCUGGACAGAGCCCAUUCUCCUGCACCCUGCCCAGUUCCCAGAGCUGGCCAAUGCGUGGCCAGGCAGCUCCUGCCUUGCCUUGCCCUCACUGCUCUGGGGCCAGCAACAGCCCCUGCCAGUGCAGCCAGGCUCCCUGGUGGGCCUUGGCAGCUCUAUUGCCGGGUGAGGACGGGUGGGCUCAUCCCUGGAGCUGGGCCUUGU